UUUAUUUUCUAUAAUCCAACGUUAAAAUUUAAAUCUCAACGGCUACUUUUCUUCGUUUCUCUUCUCUAACUCUCUUCCAAUUUCAGCUCUCUUUCUCUCACUCAUUGCUCUUUCUCUAUCUGCAAUCAAAUCUUGAAUUUCUUAGUAAUGGCGCCUACGCCUUCAUCAAAAUCCAAUCAAGGCAACCCCAGCCAGUUCAAGACCCCAAAUUCAAAGCACCGCCUUCAAUUCCACGGCUCCAAGCCUCACCCAUCACCCACUCCAAACUCCGCAGCCCGAGAAAACCAGAACCCUCCUGAGCAUCCCGUCGAAGUAAUCGCCCGAAUCCGGGACUACCCAGAUCGGAAAGACCAACAGCCCAUUUCCACUCUGCAGAUCAACCCUCUAAAGCAGAGUAUUCGGGUUCGUGCCGAUUUCGGGUACCGGGACUUUGGUCUUGAUGGGGUUUCUUUGUCGGAGGAAGAGGAUCUUGGAUCCUUCUAUAGUAAUUUCGUACAGUCAAGGAUAAAUAGUGUCAAAUUGGGUGAGAAAUGUACCAUCAUGAUGUACGGACCCACGGGUUCGGGGAAGAGUCACACCAUGUUCGGUUGCUCCAAACAACCGGGGAUUGUUUACAGGUCUCUCAGAGAUAUUCUUGGGGACGAUGAUGAUGAUGGCGAUUCAGAUGGCGAGCGAGUUGGGGUUGGGACAUUUGUUCAGGUCACUGUUUUGGAAAUUUAUAAUGAGGAGAUAUAUGAUCUCUUGUCAAGCAAUGGUGGUGGAGGAGGAUUUGGCCUUGGAUGGCCCAAGGGAAAUGGCUCCAAUUCAAAGGUAAAGCUUGAAGUGAUGGGGAAAAAAGCCAAAAAUGCAACAUACAUAUCUGGAAAUGAAGCUGGCAAGAUCUCGAAAGAGAUUCAGAAGGUGGAGAAGAGAAGGAUUGUUAAGAGCACCCUUUGUAAUGAAAGAAGCUCCCGAAGCCAUUGCCUGGUCAUCCUUGAUGUCCCAACAGUGGGAGGACGGUUAAUGCUUGUUGACAUGGCUGGUUCUGAAAACAUUGACCAAGCUGGUCAAGUUGGUUUUGAGGCAAAAAUGCAGACAGGAAAGAUAAAUCAAGGAAACAUAGCAUUGAAAAGAGUGGUUGAAUCCAUUGCUAAUGGAGACUCUCAUGUACCCUUUAGGGACAGCAAAUUGACUAUGCUUCUGCAGGAUUCUUUUGAGGAUGACAAGUCAAAAAUGUUAAUGAUACUAUGUGCUAGCCCGGAUCCAAAGGAGAUACACAAGACAAUCUCCACUCUUGAAUAUGGAGCAAAAGCAAAGUGUAUUGUCCGUGGCCCUCUUACUCCAGUUAAGGAUAAAGCUGGUGGUGAAGAUUCUUCCUCUGCUGUGAUUUUAGGAUCAAGGAUUGCUGCAAUGGAUGAAUUUAUCAUGAAGCUACAAAAGGAGAACAAACUAAGAGAGAAAGAACGAAAUGAAGCUCACAAGGAACUACUGAAGAAAGAAGACGAGGUCAAAGCUUUGAGUGCUAAACUUGAGCUUAUGGAAGGGAGAGGUUCUGGAGAAAAUGAGGAGGAAGUUAACUCAAAGGUAAAUGAGUGGGCUCAGAAUUUGAAAUGUGAACUAGACAAGAAGUUGGAGGAAUGCCAGAAAAUGGCCAAUGAUUUUGUUGAAUUGGAGAGGAGGAGAAUGGAAGAAAGGAUACUGCAGCAGCAGCAAGAACUUGAGAUGCUGAGGCGGCGGUUGGAGGAAAUUGAGUUGGAAUUGCGUUCAAAAGAAGGGAAUGCUGAGGGGAAUACUAAUAAAUCUAUAGAAAAUGAUGGGAGUGGAUUUGCAAAGAGGCUGAUGGGGAUUUAUGCUAGCAGUGAUGAUGCAAGCAUGGUAAAGUCAAUGGAUCUUGACAUGGAUGAUCAAGAACCAGUUUUUCGUGGCUUUACUUAUGACAAGAACGGCAGCCCUGGUUUUAACCAGCCUCUUUCAAGUACUUUGAAUGGUACUCUGGGAAAUGAUCUUUUUGCUCCAACAUAUGGUGACAAAGUAUCUCUAAGCACUGUUUAUGAGGAAGAUGAAGUUGAAGAGGAGGAGGAAAAUAAAAAAAAUGAUGAAGAUGAAGAAGUGAAAAAGGAAAUCAUAGAGGAGAAGAAGGUUUGUGUGGUAAACAGUUUGAAUCCUAUCACUAAUGUGAGUCCGAGUCCCUUGACAUUUUCACACCAGAUUUGUCAGGAGACUCCAGGGGAAGAUGAUUAUUUUAAAUCGAAUUUGGAGGAAAGAUUUGAGAGUUUAGGACUCAAAAGUGUACCUCAAGAUGACAAGGAUUCAGUGUCUUCAAGAAAAAUCCGAAUUCAAAAUAUUUUCACACUAUGUGGGAAUCAAAGAGAACUAUCUAAACACAUCGGCACACCAAUGCCUAUGAAAAAAGGAUCAGAAAAUAUUGAUCCUCAAGAGUUGAUGAUGAAAGUGGGAGGAGUUGGGGAGAAUAAAGCUCCAGCCCUCAAGGACUUGUCAGCAAAGGGAACUAAUUCUCCAAGUCAUCUUCUAGCAACUCCUUUACCCUUGAGAUCACUGGAGAACAUUGCUACCACAUCACCUGAACUUGGACCCCACUUGGGUUCUACGCCUUUCAUCACACUUAGAAGAAGACUUUAGAGUUGUUCUGCUGGUGUGACAAUGAUACGAAGACUAUUAUUUUUUUGUAUAAAAGACAUGGAAUAUACUCGUGUAUAUGAAUGCUUUUAUUUUGGUUUUGGAUCAGUGUCCAUCUGAUGCUAUUGGAAACUUCUUUUGUAAUUAAUUCCCUUGAUUAGAGGGGAUAAUAUUUUCUUUGUGAUGAAUCAAUAGCUAUUUGAUGGAAAA